CGGCAGAAGUACUUGCGAGCCGCAGACAUCGCGUGACCGACAUGGAUUCCGAUGACGGCUCCGAGUACGAGUAUGGAAGCGACUACGGCGGGUCCCAAGACGACGCAAACGAGGACGAAGUAGUAGACGAGACGGCCAUCAAGAUUGCGAACACAUUCUACGAAGCCGACGAUUGCAAAACGUCCAACCCCACGCGCGCACUGGAGCUGUACCUGCAGGUGCUGUCUCUCCAUCAGGGUACUGCCGACGACGUGAAGGAUCCCGAGAACUUUCAGUUCAAGUCGUUGGAGAACGUCGUCAAGUUGUGUGCAACCUUGAACAAGCCCGACGCGAUGCUGCAGCAUUACCGCGAGGUGCUCACGCUGCUUCCCCACGUGACCCGCAACGAGUUCACGGACACUGUCAACAGCAUCCUGGACCUGGUGUCGUCGCUGCCCUCCGCGCGAGGUAUCGUGUCCACCACGUACGAAAUCACGUUGGACGCGUUGAAGUGCGCGCAUAACGACCGGUUGUGGUUUCAAACCAACGUCAAGCUCGGACGCCUGUACUUGGAGAUGGGCGAGGCCGCGCCGGUGAAGCGCGUGCUGAUGGAGCUGCACGAGUCUUGCAAAACCCCCGACGGCCACGACGACUUGGCCAAGGCCACAUCGCUCCUCGACGUGUACUGCCUCGAAAUCCAGCUGUGCACAAUGACCAACGACACGGCCAAGUUGAAGGCGAUUUACCCCAAGACAUUGGACUUGGAUGCUGCUAUUUCCGACCCGCGGACCAUGGGAGUCAUCCGAGAAGAGGGCGGGAAGAUGUACAUGGCAGAAGGGCAGUGGCACCUCGCGUACAACGAGUUCUUUGAAUCAUUUCGCAAUUACCAGGAAGCCGGCAACGCCCGCGCAAAACAGUGCCUCAAGUAUGUGGUGCUAGCCAACAUGCUCGCGAGCUCGGACAUCAACCCGUUCGACUCUCGGGAAGCCAAAGUGUUCAAGGACGUGGACGAGAUCAACGCGAUGCUCCAGCUGCGCGACGCGUACGGCAACAACGACAUUACGACCUUUAACAAGAUUCUGAACCACCCCAAGCACCACAUCACGACGGACCCGCUCAUGAAACGGUACCUCGACCCGCUCGUGCGCAACAUUCGCAGCCACGUCCUGGUCAAAGUAGUCGGCCCAUACAAAACCAUCAAACUCGCCACGAUUGCCAAGGACAUGAACAUGUCCGAAGCCGACGUCGAGGCGCUGGCUGCGUCGUUGAUCAACGACAACAUUUUGGCCACCCGCAAGAUCGACCAGCGCCACAAAGUGCUCGUCGUCGUCGCUUCGUCAACGACGUCCAGAGACGUGUCGACAAAAACGGUGGACGCGCUGGCGAAAUGGACGGCGGCACUCGCCAAGUUGAACGCGUCCAUGGCCGAGCGUGGCGGAGCGAUUUCUUCGACUUAAGCAACACUUAGUAUUAUUGUGAAAUCGCUAUUACCUUUCAAUUGAAUCACGCUGGAACUUCUGAUUGGCUGAAUAUACUUACUUGUCGUUUCUGCAAGAGCCAAUCAAAUCCAUUCAAAAUUGGAUUAGCCAAUAGCGUCGAUUCGUGAUUCG